GUCAGAUCAGGUAAUGUGUGCUGAACUACGGCAGACAUCAGAGGUUUAUUGAGGUAGCAAGUUAGCUGCGGCAUCUCUGUAACUACUUUCUUGGCCAAAACAAGACAGGCCUCUAAGGGGCUGUUUACACAAUUGGAUGAAGAAUUACAACUAUCUCCUUGACUCUGGACAUAGCACUCCGUGUCUCAUUCACCUGCCCUGUACUUCAGCAGGUGGACAUGAUAAUGCAAAGGACAAGCAUAUACAAGAGUUCCAGGUGUUUGUGGUUGCUGUUUGCUUAUGUGCUGCAAACUCCGGCACAUGGAAACAACUUUACUCAACGUAACCAGGAGAGGCUGCCCUGCCAGCCAGGUUUCUACUGCCCAGUGGGGAGCUUCACGUCAAUACCCUGUCCUAAGGGGACCUACGGGCCGACAGCGGAUGCUGUGUCCAUAGACAGCUGUCUGAAGUGUCCUCCUCACCACUACUGUCCUAGACCAGGCUUGUCUACAUCCCUGCUCUGUGGUGCCGUGGCUCAGCAGCCUCUCUCUGGCCAGGACACCUGCAUCUGCCCUGGGGAGGGUCAGAGUUUUCAGACGAGUGAUGGGCGGUGUCAAUGUACCAUCGGCUACCAACCUACAAACCAUGGAGAUAUGUGUGUGCACAAACUGUACGACGUCUGCAGAGAUGGACAAACACGCACACAGUAUGGAGACUGCCUGGACAGACAUCAGUGGUCAUUUCACUGUAGGCUGCAGGUUUGCCAAUCUGCAGAGGACUACCGGGGCUUCGAUGGAGAGCUGGGUCUGUGUGUUUGCAGAGAGCCUCUUGGAAAACCUGCAUGUGGCAGCAUGUGCAGGAGCAGGUCGACUGCAGCUGAGCUGCAGCUCCGGUGCCAGUCCAGCGGAAACUUGGAACUGGUGUGGAGCCGUGACAGUACGGUGUCGGGCAUCUCAGGCAGCGUGCUGGAGACAGCUUUUAAACAGUGGGACCCCCAGGGGACUCUGCAGUGCAACAGCCAUCUCAACUCCCAUCGUCCUGUCUACAUUGUUCUGACAACAGACGCAGGCUUCCUUGGCCUCCUGAGCGGCCUCCCCAAGGAACUCCAGCAACAGUUUCCUGUCACCACGCACGGGGUCUCCCAAAGCUCAGCCGAGGACGAUUCUGACUUUCUGUGGGAGGUCACCAAAGUUGAAAAUAUCAGUCAUGAAGGUAAAGAAAGGAAUUCCAGCAGGACGAGGGGAAACAAGAGUGACGUGAAGGAAGACGUGAGAGAAGUAACUGGAGUUCUGAACCCAACAACAUGUCUCCAUUUGGGCGACGUUAUAUUGUUUACUGUCGACACACAUCACUAUCCUCAGUACGAUCUAGACAGCCUGUACAACACAAACAGUGACUUUGACUGGGGUGCGUUCAGACAGCUCAAAGAGGAGCUGACUCUUUCCUGGACUCCUCCCAGCUUCUUCUCCGUGGUCUUUAGCCAGUCUGGCGUGUAUGUUUUUACACUGAGCAGCCAUCAGCACAAACACUUGUAUGUUCGGGUGAUGCCUGCAGGGUGCCAGUGUUACGAGCUCGGCCCCUUCUUCCCCACCAUCCCUCGUCAUGUGACCAGGGUGGGGAUCAAUAGAAGACGCAACCUACUACUCCGGCCCGAUUGGUUGGUGACCGGAGGAUUGCUAUUUGGAGCUGUGGUCAUCCUCUGUUUAUGUGUUACAGUCCUGAUCCUGUUUCGUGAGUACGGAUGGCCCGAGAAGAAACCAAUCAGAGUAAGGUAUCGCUUGUUGCAGUUGGCCUACCACAUGGAUGACUACUCAUCAAAAGGUUCAAGGGUGAUCUCACGUAGGAAGGCUCACCGCAACCAACAAGGUCGAAUGACACAAGACUCCAUUCAAGCAGUCUGCGCGGACACCUUUGGGGAGUUCUGGGAUUAUGAGCACCAGGUGGAUCUGGAGGCAUUCAACAGCAACACCUUCUACAGCCUCCUGCUCAAACAGAGUCUGUCUGUCACCAUGCAGCUUGGACAGCUCACCACUGAGGUAAAGGUGCUAUACCAGGGAGUGCUUGGUAAACUGCAGCUACUUCACCCACGCCUGAUCACUGAGGAGAGGAUGGGGGAGGGUUGUGAGAGGAUGAGGAGGGAGGUGGAGAGGGAGGUGGUGCGACGACAGACUCUUGCCUCACAGCUGAGGACUCUGCUCGACAGUCAGCUACAGGUUCUGAGGCAAGAGCAACGGGCCCAGCAGAGUGUUCACAGUGUGUUCACAACUCAUCUCAGAGAGUGCACCAGAUUACUGUCAAAGAUUCACAAUCAGCCAUCCUGUGUACUACACCAGCCAAAUUGGAUCCAGAAACUAACGUCGCUGGUGGAUGAGAUGGGAGAGCUGGUAUCAGCAGAGUGUCAGCGUCAGGGGGCCUGGGAGUUACUGGGUGAGGCCACAGGGGCCAAGCUGCUUUGCCCUGACACUGGAACUGUGCUGACCAAGGACCACAUCUUUGGUCCCGAUGGGGGCCUGCGUGUCCGCCGGGCUCUUCAUUGUGAUGCAGUCACAGGCCUCAUAAGGCCAAAUGCUCACACCCAUAUGCUGCUAAGCAGCUGCCACACUACAGCAGUGCCACCUGAUUUCUUCCUCCACCCACACACUGGCCGAGUUAUGCCCAUCGCUGACAACGUGGCCUACAAUCCUGCCAGCUCAACUUUGGUGUUUACGACUGGCUCGUGUACAGGUGACAACGGAAAAUGGGACAGUCCCCUCCUUCCAUUCAUUCCCUACCCAACGUCCUGCCACUCAGAGCAGCCAUUGCCUAGCACUCACCUCAGAGGCCUCAGACCCGGCCAGAGACUGCAGCUAGGAGCUCCCAUGGCAGACCCAGACACGGGGGUUCCAGUGCCCAUUCUGGCUGUGACCAUCCACCCUGAGACUGGGCUUGUCUACCCACUAGGAGGAAUGCAUGUCUGCCCCAUCACCCGCCUGCCUCAGCCCAUACAGAUUGGUUAUCCAAUGCUGGACUCAAGGACAGGGAACGUUGUGCUCACAGUUGGGGUCAGUUUAGAUCCGGUAACAGGAGCUGUGCUGCCAGUAGGUGGAGUCCUGCUGGCUGAGUCUUUCAUCGAGCCUCUGAGUGGGCGGAUGGUAAGAGUUAGAGGGGCCAGCAUUCGAGCCGGACAACUGGUGCCUAAUGCAGGAGGAUACCAAGCUCUACUAGAUAGCAAGGUUCUGGCGGCAAUGUCCAACGUUUUGGAGCUCCUGAAGCCGAUAACCGAGGAAUGGGCUUCAGAUGCAACUCUGCAGCGUCCGCAGCUCCACCAAGGCAGUGAGAGAGGCAGUGGUCGACAGGAUCAUCUUCUCGCUGCGACCAAGGAGCUCCAGCAGGCCUGGGAAAGGAGCCUACAUGGUCAGCUCCAGUUACAGACCAGGUUGGAGAUCCUGCUGGACUGGGCCUCGGCUCUCCAGCAGGAUGGAGGGACUCUGGGGGAGAUGCCUCUGUCUGGCUCUGAUAUGACUGUGCCAGCUCUGCUGGGAAUGGACUAUCCUGACCCCAUGGGAUCUGGUCUUAGUGUGCCGGUGCUGGGAUGUCAGACUGAUCUUGUCUCGGGGAUUACAAUACCUUUGGCAGGGACCAUGGAGGACCCCGCUGGAAAAGGCCUGGUGGCGAUACGUUAUGCAUCUCCGACUGUCGAUCCAGUGACAGGGGUGUUGGCUCCGGUGGUUGGAGCCAGGCUGGAUGUGUGCAGUAAAAACAUCCUGCCUGUAACACCUUCCUACUGGUUAACGGCGGCGGAUCAAACUGACAGUGUGCAGGUGGAGGCGCUGCAGAGAGAGGUGUGCGUGCGGAACACUUACUGGCAGCAUCAGAGGCAGCGUGAGGAAGAUAUUCUCUCUGAUCUGGACUCGGCUCUUUCCCUGCAUCUCGUCGGAAUCACAGAAGUUCACUCUUCCCAGGAUGUCCAGAGGUCUGGGACUCAGCUGAGGGAAGCAGCAGUGGAGCUGCAAGAGUCAGCUCAGGCCGAGGCCCAGAGGAGAGCGGCUCAGCACUCCCACCUGGCACUCAUCCUGCCUCCAUAUGUUUCAUACAUCCUCACACAGGGUGACGAGGAGGAGUGGGAUCAGCAGAGUGUUUGGCAGUCAGAGCUCUUGUCAGGACUUGAGAAGGUGGAUGUGUGUACGACGCAGCUUCAACAAGACCAAGAGAAGUGGACAACACGGGGAGGAGAUUGGGCUACAACUCUGCACGCUAUGGACAGCGAGCUGAGCCAGAGAGAGCUGUGGGAGCAGUGCUGUUCCACACAGACAGAGUUGGAGGCUGCCGUAACUGCUCUGCACUUUGUCCGACACCUUUCCCAGCUCCGCGCUGACACUGCUCAGGCUGUGCUGUGUGGGAACUUCUGGUACAAGGAGUAUGGUCUCGUCCAGUGCCGCGGGCACAGACAGACUAAGGUCAUGGGUUUGCUUCAGCAGAAGGCUCUGCCUCUGCUGGAGAGACUAAACCAGCUCCUGGAAGAAAAACAGUCGGCUAGCCUCUCCCCCAACACCUGCAAUCGACACAUCUCUGGUUUAUCAGCAAAGCAGGCGUAUGGGUUGGAUAUUGGCUCCAGAGUCUGGACUGCCUCAGUGCCUGUGGUGAAAGGAAACUCCACCCAGUCUUUGAGGGAGCCUGUCAAUUUAGCUCAAUCCCAGGAGAACGCUCUGCAGGCCAGCUCAGCACCGACACAAAACUCCCAAAGACACACGGCUUCUGCUGCCCUCCAGUCCCAGGAGAACCAGCCUAUGAAAGAAUGUGCUCAGCCCACACAUAUCUCUGUCCCCACAGCUCCAGAAGAGGAGUGGACCAAGCUGCUGGAGCUCUCUCCUCUGUUCCAGCUGCUGAAGGUGGUGGAGCUGCAGCUGAAGGACUGGGCCUGUGGGGCAGGGCUCCUGAGAGGAGAGCUCACUGACAGAGGCACGAGUUUUGUCGAUAUCCUUGAUGCUCAAUGGGAAUGUGAGGGAGAGCUGAUCCCUUUGGACCCGUCAGUCCUCAACCCCAGAGAAUUCCUGGUCUACCAACACGGACUAUUCCUGAUGCAAACUCUGCAUAGUCUAAAGCUGACCCCAGUCAUUUCACUUCAGAUAGCUGCUAGUCUCCCAAACAACAACUUCUUGAACAACGCCUUCAGAAAUUCUUUUUUUUAUCAGGAGGCAGAGGAGAUGCUCUUUGUCCGUCGCCAGAGGCUCCAAUCGGUUGGAGGCUUCUCCCUGCUGCUGCUCCACUGUCUGUCCCAUGUCAAAAUAAAAGACAUGAGCUCUGACUCCAGUCCCGCCUUCCAGAGGAUUUUCUUCAAGGUGCUCCAGGCAUGUCUGGGGGAGCUGUUUCAUGUCAGACUGGGCAUGCACCCAUUAGGACAGGAAGCCAAUUUGAGUGUGUUGUUUCAAGAUCAAGAGGCGCCUUCAGGGGACUUAGAUGGGACUCUGUCAGACGUUCACGCUGCCUGCUUGCUAUACAGGGUUCGCGAACCAAGCCGAGGAUUGCUGUCUGAAGACGACUUUUGAGAGAGAAGAGCUCUGAGGCCACGGAGAAAUGUGAAGACCAGAUUGGGUGACAUUCUGAUUCCAAGAUGUCCAGAGGACAGCAAACAUAUGGAUCAACUGCAUCAGGAUCAACAUUAUCAAACAAUUUAUGAACUGACUGUAUAUUUAUUUUAGUGUUCCACAUACCACAGACUGUUGAAGAGACACCAUGUCCAGUACAUGUCAGUCAUACAGUCGUUUACUUCUAGUGGCAUGAAAAGUUUUAAAAAAGAGCAUAGCUUUACUGCAAACUACUUUUUGGCUUGUAGUGCAGUUUUAAAGCAGUGGUUCAACUUUUGAGAUAGUUUCAGAAGAAAGACUGGGGCCAUGAGCAGAUUUAUUGUGCAGAAGCAGAUAAAGAGGGGAGCAUUUAAUCAAUGACAGCGUUGUGCUGUCAGUAAAUGUCAUCCUCUGAGGCACGACACUGUGGCAUCUACAGAAUUUGGAGUCUGUCCGAGGACAAUCCCGUCUGAGCCAUCACCAAAAUAACUCCAUACAUCCAGUCCCGCUUCAAUCUACACAUACUGCAGCGUAGUAGAGUUUAUUAUUUCUCAACAGCUGCCGUGCACAAUGAAAUCUAGCAAUUAUUCUGACACACAAUGCAUUAACAGCAGCGGGGCAUUUAGUUCCACAGGCUAGAUUUGUUUUGAAAGCAAUUACAUAUUUCUAUUCACAUCGGCAAGUUGCUUUUCUUCCUGGACGUGUUGGAUUUGAUGUUUGAGUGCUCGACAUUGUUAAGACAGUCCUUUCUGGCUGUGAUCCUCCUUUCCAGUCUGCUAUUUCUUGUCUUGUCGCAAACCUGUCACUGUGGAAUGUUUGGCUUGUAAGGGCAGUAAUCUCUUACUUAAUAGAUUAUUAAAAAUAGCAUAUUUCAACAAGUUCAAAAUGAAUGGCAAGUAAGUCUAGUGUGUUCCUCGAAUGGUUUUACCCUUGUGCUUUGUGCAAGUGAGAAUAAAAAGCCUUGUUAUCUG